AUGGAUAAGGAGACUGAUACUCGGAAUCAGAGAGCUCUGGAGACAGUAAUCACUAUCAGAUUGGAUCAAAAUCUUGAAAAUGAGGAUUCAGGGAUUGGUGGGAAUGAGGUGAUAGUGAAGGAUUUGAAGAAAAUUGAGAAGCAUUUGGAUGGUGAUUUUGAGAAGGUGUGUAGGAUAUGUCAUUUGGAUACAUUUGAAAGUGGAAAAAAAUGGGUGGAUUUGAUUGAGAUUGGUUGUGGAUGUAAAGGAGAGCUUGGAUUUGUUCAUUCUCAUUGUGCAGAAACUUGGUUUAAGCUUAAAGGAAAUAGAUUGUGUGAAAUUUGUCGGGAGAUUGCAAAAAAUGUCACUGGUAUCAGCGACAAUAGAUUUAUUGAAGAGUGGAAUGAAGCGAGAUUUAUUGCAAGUGCUACUGGUUCAGCAGACCGAGAUAGAGCUCGCUGGCGUGGACAACCAUUUUGUAACUUGUUGAUAGCAUGCCUGAUAAUAGUUUUUUUGCUACCGUGGUUUCUCCGUGUAAGUUUGUUUUGAUGAGGUAAAUAGAGUUAACUGUUUCUUGCCUCAAAUCUUUUUCCGCGUCUUACAGAUAGCAAGGUUUUGAGUGUUUUUAGUACAUAAAACCAGCAUAACUUAUACCAUUGCUGCGUCUUUCACAUGAUCUGAGCUAAGUUCUUGGUCGAGUUUACCAAUAAUAUAGCCUUUUUUCUGAGAUAAGUGAGAUUAUAUACUUCAGAUCUUCUUUUGAAUCUGUAUCAUUUUCUUAGUUUGGCUAUAUAAUAUUAUUGUUUAAGUUGGCAAUAACGUUUGACCUUUAGAUCCUGGAGUGGCAUGAUUCAUACAUCAUACAUCAUCCAUGAAACCUUCCUUUUAUUUAGAUGAGGAAAUCAUUUAUCUUUAUAUGAGAUUUUGAACAAGUUCUUAAGACAUGAAUUACAUAAUAUGGCAUGCUAUGAGCUACAUUCUAUUUUUCUUUCUUAUUUUGAUACUCCUAUGUAACUUCUGAUGUCUGCUUUUCUGGUCCAAGAUGUUCCCUGUAAUUAAAAAUAAUGGAUUGAGUUGACUU